AUGGCUCGACGAGCCGUUCAAUCGUUUAUAUAUUUCUUUAUAUUUUUAUUUGUUACCGUCCGUGCCAAUGACAACCUGGUAUCAGAAGCACUUUCAGGGUUAAAUGCUCUAGUGACAGAUGAUCCCUAUAGUUGCAACAAGACUACUCCAUGCUCCAAUUCGGCAUGCUGUAGUAAAUCUGGCGUUUGUGGAUUUGGUGAUCAGUAUUGUGGCACAACAGGCGAGUCUCCGAACGAUGCAUGCUGGAGUAACUGUGAUGCCCAUGCCGAGUGUGGUAAAGAUGCUCUACACAAAGGACAGAAAUGCCCACUGAAUGUCUGUUGCAGUCCUUUUGGAUUCUGUGGUACUACAUCUGAAUUUUGCGACAAAGGCUGCCAAAGUGGAUGUGACCAGCCCUCAUCAAAUGCCACUGGCAGUGAUGUCCAGCAGCGCAUCAUUGGAUAUUACGAAGCUUGGCAGAAGGACAAGCAAUGCAUGGGCAUGAACAUAGAUCAGGUUCCCGUCGAGAGCUUGACCCAUAUCAACUAUGCCUUUGCCGUUAUUGAGCCAGAUACCUACAAAGUCGGACCGAUGCCGAAGGCCGAUGAGUCCAGUCUCAGCGAUUUUACAGCACUGAAGGAAAGGAAUAAGAAUGUCGUUGUCGGUGUCUCUAUCGGAGGAUGGGACUUCAAUAACAACCACACGGAUACUCAAGGAGUUUUUGCCGAUGUUGUCUCCUCAGCGGAAAAGAGGAAGAAAUUUAUUGAUGAACUGCUAUCGUUCAUGAAGCAUUAUGCCUUUGAUGCUGUUGACCUCGAUUGGGAAUAUCCUGGUGCUACGGAUCGCCAACCUCCAAAGUCAAACACUACCGCCAACACCGAAGGCUAUGUGAAGCUCAUGCAGGAUAUUCGGAAGGCUUUUGAUGCAGAAGACAAACAAUACGAGCUUUCUUUCACUGCUCCCACAUCCUAUUGGUAUCUUCGAUGGUUUGAUAUCAAAGAGAUGGCUAAAGCUGCGGACUAUGUCAACUUCAUGUCCUAUGACCUACAUGGUGUCUGGGAUCGUGAUGAUCCUAUUGGAAACCAUGUCCUUGCCCACACCAACUUGACAGAGAUUAAAGACUCUAUGAAUUUGCUGUGGAGGAAUGAAGUUCCGGCCAAAAAGGUUAACCUAGGAUUGGCCUUUUACUCAAGAACAUUCCAGUUAAAAGACAAGGACUGCUGGCAUCCCGGGUGUCUAUUUAAGGGUGGAGGUAUGGAAGGAGCUUGUACAAAGAACUCCGGUACUCUCUCCUAUCGCGAAUUGGUCGAUGUGAUGGCCUCGCGCAAUAUCACGCCCAUAUAUGACAAGGAAGCCGCUGUCAAGUACUUCAAGUGGAAUGAAGACCAAUGGGCAUCGUUUGAUGAUCAGCAAACAUUUCAACAGAAGAUCAAAUGGGCCAACGAAGAGGGACUAGGUGGUCUGUUAAUUUGGUCUUUGGAUCAGGAUGAUAGCAACCUCGAUGAUCUUCGUGGUGUCGUUUUCCCCCGGGACGUUAAGGUCAGCGAGAGUCUGGCGGAUGAUGUUAGCUUCUGGGAAAGCCAGGCUGUUGGCGACUGUCAGACCAGUCCAUGUGGCGGAAAGUGCAGCACCGGUCUGAUUGAGAUCGAGUCUAUCGACUGUCCCUCGGGCGAUGGCCCCCAGAAGAUUUGCUGUCCUAUUGCCUCUGCUCCAGAUCCAAGUACCUGUACCUGGCGAGGAGGCGAAACGGGGUCGCUUUGCAAUGGCCAAUGUCAUGGUGGAGAGGUCGCAAUUUCCUCUAGUGUUGACGGAGGAAAUGGCCAUUGCACAGAUGGUCGGCAGUUUUACUGUUGUCCGAUCCCUGAGGUAGCCGAAGGAGGUGGUAUAAACUGUGGUUGGCAAUAUGGUUGUCGCGACGAUCAGAGUGCGUUGACCUAUGCCGGAACAUUCUUAGAGGUAUUGGAAGGACCUGCCAAGCUUGCAGGUCUAUUUGGAAAGGCACUCUCGGAUGCACUCAGUGAUCUCGAUAUGGAAAAUGAGAAACAGUAUUGCUGCAGCAAGGAAGAGAUUAAGAAUUGGAAAGACUGCUAUUGGGCGGGAACCACUGAUAAAUUCGUCUAUUCUUGCGAUGACAACCACUGCAAUACUGGCCACGAGGUCAUGUUGACCAACAGCCCUUACGGCGGUGGAGAAGACUGCUCACCUACGACUCGGCAACGCGCAUUCUGUUGCAAUCCUGCAAGUGGAAAGAGCCCCUUUAUGCCUGUUCCGCUCGACUAUCUGUUCCCUGAGCCUCCCCCUGAUGAGUCCACGGCGGAAUUCAAUCUGAAGGUCGAUGAUACUUGGGGAACAGGCAAGGCAAAGACUACAGAGAGCCCAAAUGACGCGUCCUUCGGCUUUGUGGUAAUUACCGCACCUGAAGAAGUGUCUGUCAGUCUGGACAAAAGAGAUGGAUCUCCCUGGGAAGUCAUGGACUGCAUUGACUCCGAUAGCGAAGACGAACAGACCAUACGAGUCAUAUGCACGGAUUCUUCGGAAGACAGCCUUUGUGACAAGAUCCACCUGGGUAAGGGUGUACCCGGCACUAUUCUUCAGAUGCCAGAAUCUUGCGGUCCAGGAAGAUACGCUGUGGCCAAGGACUUCCAGUUAUCCGCAAACCAAACACUUGCUGGGCACUUGGCCAAGCGCGACUUUGGCUCAUCUCAAGUCUACGACCUGACAUAUGACUAUAACUUCCGACGCGUGCCUCGAGACUAUGGAGAAAGUCAGAUGCGCGUUGACUUCAGCAACGAGAAAGGCUACUGGGAUGCAGUCGUUAACCGACCCGGCCAAGGAAAGACCAAGCGUGAUCGAUCAUCACUCCACGAGAAUCCUAAGCGCUGGAUGGAGGAAGAGUGGCGAGAGGCAUACCAUUCUGAGUCGAUCUCUCGUGAUGAGCUUCACAAGCGGUGGUUUGGAGAAGAUGUCCUCGCCUGGCUACAUAACCUAGUUCACGUUAGCGUGGAAGCAACCAAAGAAAUCACACACACUGUCGAUGAGACAGUUGAAGUGAUCUUGAUUGAUCAACAAUUUGGCCCAUGUCCCGUUGGCCCUGCACAAGCCCAGGCUAAUGUUCGUUCGACCGUGAACGCCCAUCUCCAGGUCGACACCUCGUUCGGGUUGACCAUUAUUGUCACAUUAGGUGAGGACCUCGACCUCAGUCAGUCUUACCUGUUCUUCAAAAACAAAGGCGAGGUGACAGCCAAAUUUGAGCUUGACGCGGUAGCCUCACUCACAUACAGUUCCGGUGAUGUCAAACUCUUUGGUCUUGAUGAUUUCCCCGGUGCCACUUUCCGGGUUCCAGGUAUUGUCACCGUAGGUCCCAACCUGGCUGUAUAUGCCUCUGCUGAUGCCCAGUUUACCGUUGCGGGGCACUUAGAAGCGGAGGUUACAGUUGCCAAAUGGGAGAUUCGGCAGACCUAUCCAGAGAAUGCCGACUAUCCCCCAGAUGCAAUUCAGAAGCCUGACAAUGAUGGCACCCAAACUUUGGGUAAGCCUAGUUUCGAGGCAAGCGUUACUGCAACUGGAGAGGUUGCUCUUCAUCUCAAGCCCACAGUGCAAUUUGGUAUUGUGUUUGACAAAAGAUGGAAGGUGGAUAAGUGUACCGUUGAUUUGGUCCUUGAUGGGUACACGAUUUUCCAUGCAAAGGCUGGUCUCUCGACAAGCUCGGACAAUUCUUGUCCAUUCUCCUAUGGUAUUGAUGCCGGUUCCAACAUUUACGCUGAGCUCAAUGCACCCGAGAUAUAUGGCUGGGGUGGUCAGACUCAAAUUCCCAUCGCUAGUGUUCCGCGAAAGCAGAUCACUCCAGAGACAUGCCCGGGAGACAACAAGCGUCGGUCGCUUGAUGAGAUCGAACAUUUGUCAAACAAUUAUGUUUCACCAUACAGCUCUGAUAUGCUGGCUGUGCACCAAAUGGACAAACGUGACACGUUCAGCUUAGGACCUGUGAUCAGAAUUCCAGACACUUUCCUUUCUUGUCCAAGCAACACUUCAGACAAGGGUGAGAUCGACUGUCCUGUUUGCAAAUCGAGUGAAGACAGUGAUAGCUCGGUGACCCGCCGCGACACAGGAGAUACGUGCGUCUACUUCGGUCCUCCAGUUCCGGAGUCAUGUAAGGACGGAUCUUCUCUUUCCAAGAGGGCAACUGGAGACAAGGAAAUCAGUCUUUCGUGGUUCGCUGGAUCGUUCUUUUACUCCAAGUACCCACAGUGCUCUGUUGGAAACCUCAAUUCAUUGAACCAAAUCGCUAAGUGGUACAUGCCUGAGGGUGCGGCGGCAGGCGGCGGCUGUAGCCCAAAGAUUCAAAAGUAUCCUGCAGAUGCAAACUCAAAUACUGUCAAGGGAGUCGAUAUGAAACUCUUCCAAAACGAUCAUGUUUUUGAGGCUCAGACAGUUUCAAAAUUCCUAGAAUGGCUCUGUCAGGGCUCCAGGGAGCUCAAGUAUUCAAAACAGAAGAUCAUCUUCCCUAAGGGCUGGCAACAACCAAAUCCAGCCUGGUGUGCUGCCGUCUUUGGCUCCGACACAGGUGGCUUUGAGUACCCCGAGUUCCCCGGUGACAACGAUGAAGCCAAUUGGAUCGGAGUCACAGCGGAGAGACUUGCAGGUCUUUCCAGGCAGAAUCUCAUGGCUCUCUAUUUCGGCGACGCAAAUAACUCCAAAGGUAAAGUUAUUGGAGCCCAAAGGCGGAAAAUCCCACUUGAUGAUGCCCAAGCGGCUAUGAACGUGGUGAGAGAUGUCGUCAAUGUAUUCUUCUACCUCAAUGACCCAAACAUCAAGCCAAUGUGGACUGAGCCUUCUAAUGGAGUUGAAGAAGCCUCUAAGCUUUUCGACGAUCACUUUUGGGGCACCGCCAAGGGCGAGCACAGUUACCAGAACACAGGAACACCUUUGAAGCCUCCACCAAAGCCUGCAAAUGUUCAAAGCUGGGGUCUCCGAACUCUGUGGUGCUACUGGAUUGAUCAGCAUCUCUAUCUUUCUGAAAAGGUGGCCAAAGACUGGAUCAAAACGGCCAAGACAGAACUUGGGAAGUACAAGAACGCCGACCCCACUAAGGUCUCGGCGCAAGACAAAGCAACCAUCGCCAACUUUGUUCAAAAGUCCAUGGCUCCUGGAACUCUUCUGAGCGAGCAACACAUGGUCUUCCCUUUGGCACCCGGUGGUAUCUCAGGUCAGUCGGGUGCCUAUGGCAUGUGGGGUAAUAAUGGCUACGGUCCAUUAGGGCUCUAG